CCUAUUUCCAUUCACUUUUGUGACUCCAUCAAAACACGUGAGACGUCUGGGAUAGUUCGUUUGGCUCAUUUUUAUUUUAAUAUUUCGGACAUACAUUUGUUCACAACGCAUUUUCGAAUCUAAAAAGGGGUAGAAACAUAUAGAGAUGAACGACACAAAGGCGGGCAAGUUGUCCCUGGAUCCGUGCGACGGUAUCGUCUUCGAGGGACCCUUCGACCGUUCCGUGUGCAAGAAGCUGGUCAUCAGGAAUCCUAGCGAUUCCCAGAGGGUUGCCUUCAAGAUGAAGACCACCACCCCGAAAUUGUUCUUCGUACGGCCAAACAUCGGAAUUUUGGAGCCCGGGGAAAAGGUCAACGUGGACAUCUUUAUGCAGCCGCUACUCCAGGAGCCUCCACAGAAGCGCCACAAGUUCCUCCUAUUGGCGGCCGAGGCAACAGGCGAUAUGAGCGACAUGCAGCAGUUCUGGAAGUUGCAACGGCCCGAGGACGUCUGGGACGCCAAGAUCAAAUGUGAACUGAUCAUGUCCAAGGAGGAGCAGUUCCGCCAGGCGGGAGGAGGAGCCACAUCCGGCUUGGAAGCUGAGGACCAGUUCGAUGCCCAGGAGGAUAGCGAGCCGGUGACCAAGUUGCUCAAGCAAGUCAGCAUGCUAGAGGAAGAGCGUCUGGUCCUCAAGGAGGAGAUUGAAGCCUUGCGCGAACAGACGAUCGGAGGAGCUCAUCCUGGACAGGGAAUGAUCCGCAGUCCGCGGCAAGGACGCAGCACUUUCUUCUACUUGGCCGCCUGUAUAUUCACCAUCUUGGCCGCCAUCGUAGGCGCCUUUUAUGGGAAGAAUUAUUUGAAGAACAAUUAAUUUCUUAUCUCGGCAUAUUUAGAACAAAGCCUGUGAUUUGGCACAAAAUUGUACCAAAAUUUGUUGUCAAUUAAAGCAAAUUAUAAUUAA